UUUGUUUUGGACUCCAGUUUAUUUUUUUCAGUCUGCUGUUUGCUGCUGUGCUGUGGAUUACUCCUCGACCUUAAUAAAAGGAGAUAUCAGGUCUUCCAGCCCCAGUUGGAGACCACUGAUGGAAAAGAAGGAGCCUGAAGACGCCCACCGUCCAAUCCUGAAGCAGACGACUUCUGCACCAUUUGACUGCAAGAAUUUAAAUGAUGCCUCCACACAGGUUCACUCACACAGUCACGACUAUUUCAACAACAGACCCCGACACACACUAAGUAACGAGUACAACCAGUACCACAACGGACCCCAACAGACAUUAAGUAACGAGUACAACCAGUACCACAACGGACCCCAACAGACACUAAGUAAUGAGUACAGCCAGUACCACAACGGACCCCAACAGACAUUAAGUAAUGAGUACAGCCAGUAUCACAACGGACCCCAACAGACAUUAAGUAACGAGUACAGCCAGUAUCACAACGGACCCCAACAGACACUAAGUAAUGAGUACAGCCAGUAUCACAACAGACCCCAACAGACAUUAAGUAAUGAGUACAGCCAGUAUCACAACGGACCCCAACAGACACUAAGUAAUGAGUACAGCCAGUAUCACAACGGACCCCAACAGACAUUAAGUAACGAGUACAGCCAGUAUCACAACGGACCCCAACAGACACUAAGUAACGAGUACAGCCAGUAUCACAACCAGGAGGUCCAGAGCAACAGUGCCUUUGCAGAUGCUCCAGAUCAGUUCCAGUUCAGAAACCAUGUUCAGUACCACAACAGACCCCAACAAAUACCAAGUAACAAUCACAGCCAGUACCACACAGUGCACACAGACCUGGCUCUCUACACAGACCUGCUCCACAGUCUCCACCUGGCCAGAAUUACUGACUACACCCACCACCAUAACACUCCUGUGAGGCAGAGAACUCUUGGAGGCCGGGAAGGCGGUGACAUGAUACCAGAGAGGAGCAUACAGAACACAGGCAACAGCUGGAGCUCUCGGGAUGUCUCAACUCGUCACAGCUGCUUUAGAUACUUUGCCAAUAGACGUGUUAAUCAUUAUGCAAUGGUGAUUCUAAUAAUUAACUUUAAUGUCAUGUUUUUUGUAUUUUCCCUCUUAGGUCAUGGCAGAAUAUAAAUGACUCUCUGAACAAAAGUUUGCCAAAAUUACAGUGUUUGUAGCUCACUGCUCAUCAUCAGAAAUCAGCAACAAUCAUCUUUAAGCUGAUUCUCAGUCAGCUGCAAAUCUGAUUUAAACCAA